CCUCUUAACCACUAGUUAACAUUGUAUAGCCCCUUUUUACACUAAACUGACCAGGGUAGAACACAAACAAUCUAUUACACCAAGGUUAGAUCCAACCCCCAAAUUAUAGGCCAUAAACACACAUCCCAAGUUACACCCAGACGUCGAAACAAACGUACGCAGCCGUUCAGUUCAGGAACAUUAAAAUUGAAAGUUACGCCCCAAACGCCGAAACAAAAGCACGCAACCGUAAAGUCCAGGGACAUUAAAAUUUGGUGUCCACGUACAUCCCUUUGAGUCGACAAUCCUAACGCCCAGGGCUAUUCAAAUCGUUUCCGUCCGCUGUACCGUCGAGCGAUUGUCCAGCCUGAUAAUUAUGGUAUGGUUCCGCUUUCAUCCUCCUUCGUCCCCCCCCCCCCCCGGGUCGCGGGUUAAAGAAGUCAGGUGAAUGAGCCCCAAAUGAAAAGAUUGGUCCAAUUUAACAAUUCUAAACUCAAAAGACUCGCUGGCCAUUGGAUCAUCACUACUCUUAACAUACCGUUCGGUAACCUAUAAAAGCCGGAGACGAAAGUUUCAGGUUAAUGCCAUUCUAGAUCAGAAUCACUGAGAAGUCAGAAGACUCUCAAGUCAACGAUUCAUUUGGGAACUUGUGUAAGGCAAAGCGGCCUCCUACACCAGGGCUGGCGUGUUUUGUUGCCUGAAGGCAGACCUCAGCAGCUCUCCACACAUUCCCGUUGAGGGUGAGUCACUCAUCACCCUCGACCCGAACCGAAGGCAUUCCAGGCUGACGUCCCAGGACCGGUCUGCAACUACCACAGGAGUAAGCCCACCGCGUGGCAUCCUCAUAUUCCUCACACUAGCGCCUGCCUACCUGCAGGGCACCAACAACUGGCUAAAACACAACGGAGCUUCAACUUACCCCACCCCGAAGGAGAACCUUGCAUAGCAGAUAAGUGAGAGACAGCCGAAUAAGCAAACCAUACACGAAUCUUUAUGAGCAAUAUCCCAGUGAUGAUAUUAUCUUAAACGUUAUCAUAAAUCUUCCUGUACAUCCCCCCCCCUCACUCACUGAUUGUAUUUCCUCUCAAUUAAUCUUUAUUAAAUAUUUGUUCCUUUACGAAAUCAUUAAGCUUUACGUUUUGCUUGCGCCUGUCUAUGUGCCUAUAUAAUACCAACAAAAUAUUUACCACGUUGUGGCUCUAAGACUUUACCCCUAGGAGUCGCAGGCCAUCGUCCCCAUCGGGAAGUGCAAACGGACCGAUCGGCGGACUUAUUCCACCACAACGGGGGUAAACUGUGACGCCUAGUCCGGGAUCACAAAACCCUAACCCAUUCAGUAUAGGCACAAGGCAAUAAGCAGAACGUUCACAAAUUUCCACCCACUAGACCCUAUAAAUAUAUAUUGAUAACACAGAACUACAUAUUGCUCAGUAUGGUUUGAUUAUGUCAAUGCUGUAUAGUAUAUUAUAUUAACUAUAUACUUGUUGUAUCAUAUUUAGAUAAUAACACAGGUGAAGACAUAAUUAAAUAAAUAUUCAGUUAGCCUCCUCACCCGCUUCAGCUUCUGAGCAUACUUCCCCAUCACUUCUAUCCCACAAACAUGGCUGAAGGCACUAGAUCAAAAGCCGAAUCAGCUAAAUCUAUCAAAAUUCGCGAGCUCAACGAGCUAGCAGAGCAAAUAGGUAUCAGACCUGAUGAUCGACCAACGUUCGUCCUGGCUAAGUUCGAGGAGUGGGAAAAUAGAGAGAGGGAAAAAGAAAAAAUAGAUAGAGAGAGGGAAAAAGAAAAAAUAGAUAGAGAGAGGGAAAAGGAAGCUCACGCGUUCCGUAUGAAAGAAAAGGAAAUAGAGUUAGAAAAAUUAAAAGCUAACGACGAAUCCCGCAUCACAAUUGCUGCCGAUCAAAACUCCCCUAAUUGUCAAACCCCUCACUUCAACUUAGAACCUUUUGAUGAAACCAAAGAAAGUAUAGAGACUUUCUUAGAAAGGUUUCAAAACGUGGCUACCAACAACCAGUUACCAAUGGGCAAAUGGUCAUUUAGAGUGUCACAAGCUCUUCGGGGUAAGGCCUACGAGGUGUAUGCUAAGCUCCCCUCAUCUAGUCAAAACGACUACUCAGCGCUCAAGAACGCACUGCUAGUCCAGUUCGACUUGACCGCCAGCUCCUACCACAAGAAGUUUAGGAACUCUCGCCUCGAAAGGCGCGAGAUGUAUUCCAGUCUCUUUACUAGACUAGAGAAAUACUUGGAUAAAUGGUUAUCCUUAAGUCCCUUCAUUCAAAAUUAUGAAGGCCUAAAAGACCUUAUUCUGGUAGAACAGCUCCGCGAAUGUAUGACCCCUGACCUUCGCAUCUUCAUAGAUGAAAGCGGUGUCACAACACCACAAGAAAUAGUCAGUUACUCUGAUAGAUUUCUAGCAGCCCACAGGGAGCAGAAAACUAAAACAUCAGACCAAAGCCCAUCGAUAGCGAAGGUAGAUAAGCAGCCCGACCCUCCAAGUAGCAGCAAUAACAAUAACAACAAACAAACACGCCAGCCCAACAACCAAGCACCCCGCCACCCCAUUCCUCCCAACCCGCCGAGGCCGCAAAAGAAGUGGUGCAGCUUCCAUAACUCUCCUACCCAUGACUCCAGCGAGUGUCACAAUAGAAGUCGCCCUUACUCAGCCCAACCACUGAUGGUGAUAACGCAAGCAACUCCCGUCCUAGACUCAUCACCGAGUAACCAUCCCCCUACGGUCGAAAAGGUAUUAGUGAACGGAAUAUCCUCUAAUUGUCUAUACGAUUCCGGGUGUUCCUUUUCGGCAAUCGUCAGGAAAUCAUUGGUAAAGCCCCGCUACAUUAGCAACAAAUGGGUCACCAUACAAGGCGCAGACUUGAACUCUCCCCCAUUCACCCUUCCGAUCGCCCGAAUAAAGGUGAGAUCUAGAUAUGUCAACGGUAGGAUAGAGGCGGCCGUCAUGGACAAUCCAUGCUUUGAUCUAACGCUUGGUGAUAAAUACGUGUUCCUGGGAACUCCUACAGGCCCAAGGUUCACUACCUCAGAGGUCACUCCGGUGAACCCCAAUACAAAUAACCCCUCGGUCCCUGAAACGGACCACAUCAGCGCAUUCCCUGUGAUUACUGGAGCCCAGGCUCCACAGGAUGGCGCAAGGGAAACCCUUAACUCUCUCCGCAGAGGAUACAAGGAAUACCCACGAAGCUACCUAUCGUCUGCAAAGAUUUUCGUUCCUGUGAAAAGGGAUAAGUCGAAAAUCCAUAGGCGCCCAAUAGCUCACAAACCGGGCCUCCCACAGCACCAUUCGGGCGGGGAGGGAGGCGCACGAAGUCACGCGGCCCGAUCCCAGCGCUUCGGCCCUCAAACCCAGCAAACUGGCCAACCCAACUCCCAGAACUCUAAACAGAGCCGAGGAGUAAAGGCCGAGAAUCCCACCAGCAGUUCUAUCACGAAGAACGCUGACUCUAGCGGCACGAAUGUUGUCAUGCAGGCCGCCAAUCUCAACGCUCUCGCCAUCGAGCGAAGCACCCAUUCUGCCAGCGCACCCAUCAAUGCACAGGGCACCGGCACUGCCGCCAUCGUCCUUCUGCAGGACACUGGCAUCGACAGCGUAAUGGACAUCGCAUCCAGCGCCACCAUGAUUGCUCCUGAUAUCGUGCGAGGCAUCAAACCCCUUGGUGCCGCCUUCAACUCACGGUCCACCGAAACCCACCCCAGGCCACUCAACACGAGAAGCGCCUGUACAAACAGUUAUGAGACAAGACAAUGUCUCCCCCUCGAGCCGCCUGGUAAGGUAUCUCUGUCCCCCACUUUACCCAUUUCUGCACCCCUCCUCAACUCCGAGGGCCUAAAACCACAUCCGCCCUUAAACAUCAUAGAUGAGCUACCCGCUAACCCCGCCGAGGUCAUUCUGGGUGAAAACGACCCGCCACCCAGCCAACUAUCAAACUUGCAACUUAGCUCGGCUAAUAAACGAGAAGACCGCAAAAUCUGUCUAAAGUUUCUAUGUCUAGUAGUCUCGUUAAUGUUUCUUGCACAUCACUAUGGUUCAAACCCUAAAGCAUCACAUGGGCCCUCACACGAUGGUUCAACUCUCCAUGUGCUUCCCAAACCAGUACUGGUGGUAACACUUAUGCUCACUACAUUCUUGCUAGGCUAUCUAUCUGAUAGAAUAGGGUGGCCACACUUUUGCAGCCGGCGUAAGGUGUUUCUUGCCACGCCUAAGUUCUCGAAGGGCCUUCUGCAGUUUCAACACAAUGAAAACAAGCUGAACACCCAGUCCCGGCUACUACUAUUUAGCCACUCUCUUGCCCGUAAUGGCAGUCACAAAGAGGGAGUAACUCCCGCCUUCCUUGAUUGGUGCACAAGUGAGUCUGCCAAUACAUCAAACCCAGAUCCUGUGGUGGAGUUUGAUGUCCACCAUAGCAUCCCAGCUCACGCUGGACCUGAUGACGUGGUCAGUGAAUGCACGCUCCUACGUAGGGGCCCCGCUUGUCCCUCUAUCAUCUAGGCAACCUCUCACAGGUCAGUUCAGAAUUUCGAAAUUAAUAAUGCCUUUACAAUGCAUUAUCUUUGGCGGAGGGGUGUGUGACGAAACGCGUCCCUUCUCAAUACAGAACUGACCAGUGCGGAACUAACCCCCCCCCCUCUUAACCACUAGUUAACAUUGUAUAGCCCCUUUUUACACUAAACUGACCAGGGUAGAACACAAACAAUCUAUUACACCAAGGUUAGAUCCAACCCCCAAAUUAUAGGCCAUAAACACACAUCCCAAGUUACACCCAGACGUCGAAACAAACGUACGCAGCCGUUCAGUUCAGGAACAUUAAAAUUGAAAGUUACGCCCCAAACGCCGAAACAAAAGCACGCAACCGUAAAGUCCAGGGACAUUAAAAUUUGGUGUCCACGUACAUCCCUUUGAGUCGACAAUCCUAACGCCCAGGGCUAUUCAAAUCGUUUCCGUCCGCUGUACCGUCGAGCGAUUGUCCAGCCUGAUAAUUAUGGUAUGGUUCCGCUUUCAUCCUCCUUCGUCCCCCCCCCCCCCCGGGUCGCGGGUUAAAGAAGUCAGGUGAAUGAGCCCCAAAUGAAAAGAUUGGUCCAAUUUAACAAUUCUAAACUCAAAAGACUCGCUGGCCAUUGGAUCAUCACUACUCUUAACAUACCGUUCGGUAACCUAUAAAAGCCGGAGACGAAAGUUUCAGGUUAAUGCCAUUCUAGAUCAGAAUCACUGAGAAGUCAGAAGACUCUCAAGUCAACGAUUCAUUUGGGAACUUGUGUAAGGCAAAGCGGGUGAGUUGGAAAAACUUUAUCAUUAUUAUUUAGUGUGUCUUCGCCUGUAACAUUUAGGUUCAUGUAUCAUUACCAUGUUAACCCUUGUUUGCUUCCAAACAUUACAUUUGUAAAUAUCUUUGAGUAUGUGUUCCUCGUUUACUCGUCAAUGUUGACUGUAGUCCCAACGGUGGACAUCCACCUUGCGAUUCAGUUAAUCCUAAUGUUUAUUUAUGCAUUUGUUAUUUAUUCAUAUCCAUAUUCAUCUGGACCUACUCGCGUCUAGAUCAUUUUCUUACCUGUGCAUAUGUACCUGUAUAUGUGCACAUAUAUAUACAUUACGAUUUUGUUUGUUUUGGUUAUGCACAUACUGUGCUGUUACCAUGCAUCCUUAGGCCCGAGAAUCAGUCUCGCGUGUCUACCCCACUAUUUUCAGCUUGUCGACCUGCAUAGUUAUGUGCCCUUUUGCACCCCCUCCCUUCUUCUUGUCACGGUCCUCUGGUCACGAGUGACCGUGGACUUGUUUACCUGUGGGUCAAUGAGGUCACAGGGGCUACAACCCUGUAAUAUGGUCCCCCUGUUUCCCUCCUCAUUUAUGCCCCUGCCUUGUACAUUUAUAUUUGUAUUUGUAUUAUUAUUAUUGUAUUAUUUGUACAGCAUUGUUACUAGGCCUAGUGAAAUGUUGUUGACAAGUAUCGUAGUUAGCCUGAGGGAGACGCUCCUAUCAAGGAUGCGCCCCUCGCCGACCAGCCUGUAUGGUUUAAUAAUUCAGGCUCCUCUCAUGUCUCAUUUCAUAGCCUCCUACACCAGGGCUGGCGUGUUUUGUUGCCUGAAGGCAGACCUCAGCAGCUCUCCACACAUUCCCGUUGAGGGUGAGUCACUCAUCACCCUCGACCCGAACCGAAGGCAUUCCAGGCUGACGUCCCAGGACCGGUCUGCAACUACCACAGGAGUAAGCCCACCGCGUGGCAUCCUCAUAUUCCUCACACUAGCGCCUGCCUACCUGCAGGGCACCAACAACUGGCUAAAACACAACGGAGCUUCAACUUACCCCACCCCGAAGGAGAACCUUGCAUAGCAGAUAAGUGAGAGACAGCCGAAUAAGCAAACCAUACACGAAUCUUUAUGAGCAAUAUCCCAGUGAUGAUAUUAUCUUAAACGUUAUCAUAAAUCUUCCUGUACAUCCCCCCCCUCACUCACUGAUUGUAUUUCCUCUCAAUUAAUCUUUAUUAAAUAUUUGUUCCUUUACGAAAUCAUUAAGCUUUACGUUUUGCUUGCGCCUGUCUAUGUGCCUAUAUAAUACCAACAAAAUAUUUACCACGUUGUGGCUCUAAGACUUUACCCCUAGGAGUCGCAGGCCAUCGUCCCCAUCGGGAAGUGCAAACGGACCGAUCGGCGGACUUAUUCCACCACAACGGGGAUCCCACACAUUUUAUGUCUAAGAAUGAGAAAUAGUUUGUUUUUUUUUUCAUCGUG